GUCGAUAAUCUGAAGAGAAUAACAGUUAGGCGUUUUGUCAUUUCAGUCUAGUCCAGCUGUCGGUAGGGUUAAUCCUGCAAUGGCAGUUUAGACUGAAGCACAAUACCGCUUCUUCAACAACAUUAUUCCUGGAACUUCUCUGCAGUGGUAUAGCCAUGAAAUAAGACCUUUGUGAAGGCAGCUCUGAGAAUGGGUAAAGACGACACGAAAUCAGAUUUGGAAGGCGCGGACAUUGCGGUUUUAGUGGCAUAUUUUGUAGGCGUUGCUGGAGUAGGUGUCUUCUCUUCUUUCCAGAACCGUGGAUCAGUCGGAGGCUACUUCUUGGCUGGCCAGGAUGUACCCUGGUGGCUAGUAGGAGCAUCACUGUUUGCAAGUAACAUUGGCAGCGGCCACUUCGUGGGUCUAGCAGGCACUGCAGCUGCGAGUGGGAUCGCCAUUUCGGUUUUUGAGAUCCACGCUGUCUACAUGCUUGUUUUGCUGGGCUGGUUGUUUGUGCCGGUUUACAAAUCAGCAGGGGUGUUCACGCUACCCGAGUACUUGUACAGACGUUUCGGAGGCCAUCGCAUCCGGAUGUACAUGUCCAUAGUGUCUUUGCUGCUGUAUGUAUUCACAAAGAUCUCAGCGGACCUUUUCUCCGGUGCCAUCUUCUUAACACAGUCCAUCCCAGGCAUGAACAUAUACUUGUCCGCUAUUCUCUUAAUCUUGGUGUCUGCUGCCUUCACCAUCACAGGAGGGCUUACAGCUGUCUUGUGGACAGAUUUCGCCCAGACAGUCAUUAUGAUUGUCGGAUCAUUUAUUCUCAUGGGCUACAGCUUUGACGAGGUUGGUGGUUACGAAGUCAUAAAAGACAAGUUCCCUAAGGCUUUUCCUCAGACGAUGUUAGACAAUAUGAACAACUCAAACUAUUCAUACAAAGACUGCGGCGUCCCUCCAGAUAACUUUUUUCACCUGAUGCACGAUCCUUCCGAAGACGAUCUGCCGUGGACUGGGGUGGUCUUUGGCUUGACUGUGUCAGGAAUGUGGUAUUGGUGCAGUGACCAGGUCAUUGUUCAGAGAGCUCUAGCGGCUAAGAACAUGGUUCAUGCCAAGAUGGGAUGCCUGAUGGCAGGUUACCUCAAAGUUCUGCCGAUGUGGUUAAUCGUGUUUCCCGGAAUGAUUUCCCGUAUUCUCUAUACGGACGAUGUUGCGUGCAAUGAACCCGACGAAUGCGAAGAAAUAUGUGAUAGCCGCACUUCAUGCACUAACAUCGCUUAUCCUACUCUCGUCCUUAAACUGAUGCCUACAGGCCUAAAAGGAUUAAUGAUAGCAGUUAUGAUGUCGGCUCUCGUUUCAUCGCUCACCUCCAUCUUUAACUCCACUGCUACCAUUUUCACCAUAGAUAUCUGGACACGAAUACGCAAAACAGCAACAGAUAUGGAGCUUAUGGUUAUCGGCCGACUUUGUGUCUGUGCUCUAGUGGCUGUAAGCGUUGCGUGGAUGCCGGUCAUAAAAGAGGUGUCGGAGCUUUUCCAUUAUAUCCAAGGUAUCACAUCAUAUUUGGCACCACCAGUCUGUGCAGUCUUCAUUUUAGCCGUCUUCUGGUGGCGAACAACUGAGAAAGGAGCUUUCUGGGGACUAUGUGCAGGAUUAGUGGUAGGCAUGAUUCGCUUUGUGUGGGAAUUUUCCUUUCCAUCUGUGCCUUGCGGUGAGAAAGCAACGAAAGAAAAGCCCGACAUCAUCGCCAAGGUCCACUACCUACACUUCGGCGCAAUCCUGUUUGCUUUUGUCUUUAUCUUCGUAGCUGUUCUAAGUCUGUUGACGGAAGAACCACCGGAAUAUCGCUAUGCGGGAUUGACUUACUUCACCCUGAACUUACCAUUCAUAGAGCAUGUGGAAGAAGACGACUUGGUACAGCCAGUCUCUGGGUGGUUGACAGAAACGUUUGGGAAGGUACCUUACGAUCAACAACCAUGUUUAACGAGAGCAUUUCUCUGGAUCUGUGGUCUGGAGAGUCUCAUCAACAAACCUUCAUCAAGAGAGGAAGAGCGAUCGACGAUGAAAACGUCAGUCUACGAACAGCCAAGAGCUGCUGUAGCUCUUCACAUUAACUGUUUCCUUAUAGUCGUUUUCAUCACCGUCUACUGGGUCUGCUUUGCUUAAGAAAGUGAUCCAUACAUAAGACAGAUCUGCUGUGUUUAUCUUGCUCAAGAACAAGUACAGUACUUUAACAAACAAACAAAACAAACAAACAAAAAAAAAAAAAAAAAACAGCCCCGAAUUAUGAACUCACAGGUUUUGGAUUUCGUGCUAUAAACCAUGCUUGCGAAUUAUAACGAUUCUUAUUAAUGGUCACUGGAAUCCACAAUUCAUCUGAUGAUACAAGUUAUAUAAGAAGGGCGUUUGCAAGAAAAUAACAAAGUACCAUAGCUACUUGAAGUUACUUAAUCACCCAGAAUAAGAACCAGAAAGAAAAUGAAAACCCACAAAACAAAAAAUAUACCCACCAAAGACAAAUUGUUAUAUCUAAUAAAUUAACUUUCCUUCAUCCUUUUUCUGUAUAUAAAAACGAUAAGAAUCACUCUUACUACUUGCCGGGGACUAAAGUAUGUAGAUCAUUAAUGAAAUAUAGAUAUUUUUCCACUAUGUGAAGUUCCGAAAGCCGUCUUUCUUUGGUAGAAUGCACUGCGUGUUUAAAUUAGCAGAUUAUGAAUAGUGUGAUUUGCUCUAAUAAAUAAAGCAAAUAAAUUCAAAUAUGUACUAAUGACGCUAACAUUUUUAAAAAAGAAAUAUAUUAUCCGGAAGAUUCACAUUAUUCAUAUAUUAGCGUCAGAUUAACCGGAUAAGCCGUGAUUCAAGCUUCUUUUAGGACAUCUAAUAAAACUUUAAGUUGUUCAUUUUUUUUGUACUGGCCACUAACAACUAACAGUUCUUCAUCUACAUAUAUACUCCCACUAAACCAAUAAAGGAUCUUUAAAAAAU